GGUAGGGUCAAGAAGCAGGGCGGCAGGGACCCGCCUGUACUGUUCCACGCGCAUGCUUCCAGAUCUUCCGGUCCCCAAGCUUGCUGUAGGAGCAAGACUGUGUGGUCUAAUAAGUCAGACGGGACAUGCUGCUUUGCGAAGGCUACAAUUGCACAGCCCAGGGAAAAUGUCAGAUGUUGUAGCUAUUUGGGACGUUAUUUUAAGUGAUGGAAUCCACAAGAUUGAGUUUGAACAUGGGACCACAUCAGGAAAACGAGUCGUAUAUGUGGAUGGAAAGGAAGAGAUAAGAAAAGAGUGGAUGUUCAAUUUAGUGGGCAAAGAAACCUUCUGCAUUGGAGCUAGAAAAAUCAAAGCCACCAUACGUAUACUUCCUGUCAAAACUUAUGUUUUGAAAUAUAUUCUGGAAAUUGAGGGAAAAAGCUUCAAGAAGUAUGUGGAAAACAGAGCAAAGACCACCAACACCUGGGUGCUGCACUUGGAUGGCGAGAACUUUAGAAUUGUUUUGGAGAAAAACACUAUGGAUGUGUGGUGCAACGGUAAAAUAAUAGAAUCGGCGGGCGAGUUUGUAGACGAUGGGACUGAAACACACUUCAGUAUUGGGAACCACGAUUGUUACAUAAAAGCCGUCAGCAGCGGGAAGAGAAGAGAAGGGAUCAUCCACACACUCAUUGUGGACAACAGGGAGAUCCCAGAGGUCUCUCAGUGACUGCUUCUUAUUGAGUUCUGGGCUGAAGAGGUGACGUCAGGACUUACCAUGGUAAUUAAAUGUGUUCACGCUGUACAUAUCUGUAUAUUUAAUCUGUGAUGUUUUUAUUUUAUCAUUUGUUACUCGACACUGCAAUAUUCCAAUGGUCAGAAAGGAAAUGAUGUAGAAUCUAAAUUAGGUGGAAUUUAAAAAAAAAAAGUUUUAAACUUUUUAUUUUUCUUAUAUCUGAGUACAUGCUUGCAUGCCACAGUGCAUAUAUGUUGGUCAGAGAGAACUUUCUGGAAUUGGUCCUCUCCUCCACCGUGUGGCUCCUGAGGGUUGAACUCAGGCUGACAGGCUUGGCUGCAAGCUUCCACUGAGCCAUCUUGCUGCCCAUAAUUCAUCUCAUAAGUGAUGUAAAAAUGUUUUAAACUUAAAUGGAAAAUAAUAUAGAGGCCCAAAUCAAGGACAUUGUG